GGUGUGUGAUAAAUGGGAUAAAUGUCAAAACAAAUUCAUAUCACUCCCGAAACGUGUUUUUAAGCUUGCGAUUAGAUUCUUGUUUUGAAUAAAAUUAGGGAAUGGUCUUGUGUCAAGAAUCAUCUGUAUCCAGUAUGAUUAAACAACAACACAUAGCCGAUGUGGCUAACGAAAAACAUUCGCUGUAUUUACGCUUCCCGAAGAAAUUGAAUGCUGACAGAACAUUGGCCGAAUCAGAAGUGAAGGCUUUGAACUCAAAUAUCAUCCGUGUUCGCAUACCCAGACAACGCAGUGCAAAUUUCUGUUUGGUUGACUUUUCGUCGAAAGAGGACCAGGAAAAGGCUGAAAAGAAACUGAAAAAAGUGGAAAUCAACGACAAGCGAUUGGUAGUCAAACAAGCGGUUCGGAAUGACAAAUCGGCACUGCACAAAAAAAUCGAAAAGAUCAAAGUGAAACGUGAAGUGAAUGAAGCACUGGGUAAACUUGUCGCCGACAUUAAAAACAGUUUGGGCAAGAAUUAUGCCAAGCGUAACGUUACCAACGGCGUAAUGGUUCGAAAUUUGAGCUCUGGCUGCACUCAGAGUGACAUCAAGCGAAUAUUCCCGCAAGCGAUCGAUAUCAAGAUGAACGUGAAGGCUGACCGCAAGAAUUCGUUUGCAUUGAUUUGGCUGCCGACGCCGAAAGAUGCAAGAGAAGCAACAACGGAGACGGUACAGAUAAAUGGUGAGGAAUAUGUGGUAAGCCUGGAAAAUGAAGAAAAACGGAAGAAACGGAAACGGGUCAACGAUUCGAACAACAGUGGUGCCGAUAGUUCCGAAGAGGAUGGCGAUUUGGAAGAUCAAGCAGAUGACAGUGAUAUUGAUGAAGAUGGUAGUGACGUUGUUGAUGAAGAUGAUGUAGAUGAAGAUGAUGAUGUAGAUGAAGAUGAUGAUGUAGAUGAAGAUGAUGUUGAUGAAGAAGAUGAUGUUGAUGCAUCCGAUUAGGACUAAGUUCCAUCAAAAUAAAAUAAAAAAAAAUUUGACU